GGAGCGGAGGUUCCCAGUUGGUUGUACCGAGGAAAUGCAGCGAGAGGAGACGGACACCGAGGCUUCCAACUCGUCGGACGGGGGCCCGGGGGAGGCGGUGCAAGAGCAGCUGGAGACUUUGUGCCGGGAGCUCAACUUGGACCAGGAGACCGGGGCCGAGACUAUCAGAGACUUUACCCGGACAUGGAGCACCUACAGCCUGGAGGGAGAAGUGAAGCAUUGGCUCGCGUGUGCCCUGUACGCAGCAUGUCGCAAAGGUGUCAUACCGACAGUGGGGAAGGGCAUCAUGGAGGGAAAUGGCGUGUCGCUCACACGGAUACUGCGCUCUGCAAAACUGAGCUUGAUUCAGUUCUUCAAUAAAAUGAAGAAGUGGAUAGACAUGUCCAACCUUCCGCAGGAGUUCCGCGAGCGAGUGGAGCGCUUGGAAAGGAACUUCGAGGUGGCCACCGUUAUAUUUAAGAAAUUUGAGCCCAUCUUUCGGGAGAUAUUUCAAAACCCUCACGAGGAGCCGCCGAGAUUACCAAGGAGCAGGAAGCAAAGGAGGCUGCAGUGCAGUGCCAAAGAUCUCUUCAGUUUCUGCUGGACAUUAUUCGUAUACUCCAAGGGUAAUUUCUGCUUGAUUGGAGAUGACUUGGUUAAUUCUUAUCACUUGCUUUUGUGCUGCUUGGACCUUAUUUAUGCACACGUGCUGCAGUGCCCUAAUAAGGAAGAUCUGCUAAAUCCUUCUUUUACUGCAAAGCUCCCUGCCCUUGACCCCAGCUCAGAGGAUGCCCCGUGUAUCAUUAGAGCACUGUGUGAGCUGUACGAUGGAAUAUUUGUGGAAGCCAAGGGGAUAAAAGAGCAUUACUUCAAGCCAUACAUAUCAAAGCUUUAUGAUAAAAAGAUUUUAAAAGGAGCCUGCUUAUUGGAUGUAUCUAGUUUCACAGAUAACAAUAAAUCCUUAAAUAAGGAGUAUGAAGAGUACGUCCUUACUAAGGGAGACUUUGAUGAGAGGGUGUUUCUGGGUGUAGAUGCAGAAGAGGAGAUUGGAAGUCCCAGAAAAUUUGUUGUGGAAUUUCCCAUGGGAAUCUGCACUCCACGGAAACAAAUGGAAAGCAACCUGCAGCAACAUUUUGAGAGGAAAAGGUCUUUUGCACCAUCCACUCCUCUGACUGGUAGAGGUUACCUGAAGGAGGAGCCAACUGUAAUCACGCCUGUUUCAUCGGCAACACAGUGUGUGAGCAGGUUACAGAGCAUGGUGGCAGGGCUCAGAAAUGCUCCAAGUGAGCAGCUGAUCGAAGUUUUCAAGUCCUGUGUUAGAAACCCAUUAGAGAAUGUAUUGAAUAUUGUCCGAGAUAUCGGACGUCGAUUCUGCCAUCACUAUACACAAUCCACAGAAGACCAGCCUGGGUCUCAUAUUGAUUUUGCAGUCAAUCGGUGGAAACUGGCUGAAAUUUUGUACUUUAAAGUACUAGAGACCAUAGUUGUCCAGGAAAGCAAGAGACUUCAUGGGAAAGAUUUGACGGCUCUACUAGAGCAGGACAUCUUUCAUCAGUCACUGAUUGCCUGCUGUCUGGAAAUUGUGCUAUUUGCUUACAGUUCUCCCAGAACCUUCCCCUGGACCAUUGAAGUACUUAAUCUGAGUGCUUUCUACUUCUACAAAGUAAUAGAAGUGUUUAUUCGUUCCGAAGAUGGGCUGUCACGGGAUAUGGUGAAACACCUCAAUACCAUUGAAGAACAGAUUUUGGAGAGCCGUGCUUGGACCAGCGACUCGGUUCUCUGGGUGCAUCUUGACGCUGUUGAUAAUGUGCCAACCUGUGAAGAAGUAAUCAUACCCAGCAACUUUGAAACUGGGAAUGAGGCUGGGGUGGGCCACUUGCCCAUGAUGCCUGCAUCUCCCAUUGUUCAUCCUCGGUUGAAAGAAGUUCGAACUGACCUAGGAGGAUCGUUCAGGCGAGACUGCCAGCCACUCUCUCCAAUUUCUGUUCAUGACCGCUACAGUUCACCAGCUGCUGGCAGUGCCAAGAGGAGGCUCUUUGGGGAUGACUGCCCAAGGGAGCAAACUGUGGACAAAAUAACCACACCUGAUAUCACCCGCAUAAGGAUUGCAUUAAGCCCCUCUCCUGAUAAAACUGCCCAGUCUAUUGGGCAGACUAUUGCUAUACCUGUGCAAGGUUUAGCGAAUGAAAGUGUCAAAAGCCUUUUUCUACCAAUGAAAACGUCUCCUCCACAAAGUGAAAAUUAUGUUCCGGUCCCUUUGACUGCGCAAGCACUGAUUAGCCCACUUACAAAGCGUCAGUUGGGCAGAAUGCCGGAAUCCUGCCCCACAUCAGCGCGCAAGCCCAAGAAAACUGGCUCUCUGGCUUUGUUCUUUAGAAAGGUCUAUCACUUGGCGAGUGUCCGUCUCCGUGACUUGUGCCUGAAGCUGGAUGUGUCCAAUGAUUUGCGCCGAAAGAUCUGGACUCUGUUUGUGUACUCGCUGGUCCAUUGCACUGACCUAAUGAAAGACAGGCACCUGGAUCAGCUGCUCCUCUGUGCUGUGUACAUUAUGGCCAAGAUCAGUAAAGAAGAGAGGCUGUUUCAUGAUAUCAUGAAAUGUUACCGGAAUCAGCCCCAGGCAAACAGCCAUGUUUAUAGAAGUGUAUUACUGAAGCGGAUCCCUCAAGCAAGUGGAGAUGAAACAAGCACAAGCCAGGAUGUAGAGAUGACUGCUCGCAACUCCAGUGACUCGCAUCCCACCCCCAGCGGUUUUACCGGAAGCCCCUGUGGCAAUGCAGAGCGAGGGGAUCUCAUCACAUUUUACAACAAUGUCUAUGUAGAACGUGUGAGAUCAUUUGCACUAAAGUUUGCCAGCACUCAGGAUCAUCUGAUGGAUGCUCCGCCUCUUUCGCCAUUUCCCAGCAUCAAGCAACAAGCUAUUUCUCCCCGCCGAGUAUCCCAGCAGCAUUCUAUCUAUGUGUCUCCCCAUAAGAACAGCGGCAGCCUGACUCCCCACACAGCCCUCCUGUACAAGUUUAAUGGAAGUCCUUCAAAAAGCUUGCAGGACAUAAACAGCAUGCUGAAACAGGAGCAGAGGAGCCGGAAGCGGAUCAUUGCUAUUGACAGCGACACGGAGUCCCCGGCAAAGCGGCUCUGCCAGGAAAAUGAUGAUGCUCUGCUGAAACGCCUGCAGGAUGUCGUGAGUGAGAGGGCCAACCAUUAGCUGCAGUCUGGCCAUUGGCAUUCUGUGGUUCCGGCCCAUUAAAAAGCUACAUUUUAGGCAAGUCUCGGGUCAGUACCCUUCCAACUGGGCCCCCGAGUUCCAUUAGGUGUUGGAGACUCUUCUUGCACGUAUGAUAUUGUACACUGUUUGCUAGCUACUGUCUGCAAUCUCAAUCACUGCAGUUGGCCAAAAGCCUUAGCCACGUGGUCAGUCGUGAUGGGACAACUGCCCUGCCGUUUCCAUGGUUUUAUCUAUUUUUUUCUUAACAUGAUAUUUUUAACCUAUUGUGAUAAAGGAAAGUCUAUCGUUCCUCAGUUUUGCCUUUAUAUGAAACAUAUAUGGCUUACUGAGUUCAUCAGGGUUGAAUGUUGUGAGCUGUAAUAAUACUGCCGGUGGAGGCGCCCCCUAGUGGACUGAAUUCUAUUUCAUUACCUGCAGUAGCAUUUUACUGAUACAAAGCAAAGCUUCAUGAGUACAUUUUUUAACUAUAGACUUUUAAUUUUAUGAACACUAGCUUUCAGCAGCGCAGCAUACAGUUUUUAUUGUUCCUUUUUAAGUGUUCUUUUUGCUCCAAAAGCAUUAAUGGAGAUUCUUUUUAUUGUAAUGUAUGAACUUACAGAUUGAGUUCAAUCAAGAUCUGGCAACAAAAUCUUGGAUUUUCCAGCGUUGCGCUGUGUUUAUACAGUCAUUUUACGGACUCCAGGGAAAAGGAGUAGAAAUAUUUGGCAGUGCAUUUUCUGUGCUGGGUUUUUCCUGCUCUAUCUGCGUGCAGCCAUUUUAUCUUUUUAUUCCUAGCGUAAAAUGAAACCCUUUGAUGUGAAUCUUUGCUGUGCUUUUUUGAGCUGAAUGAAAUUGUGUAGCAUCUACACCUUUUUAUGGUUUGCUGGCACCUUUUUAAAUCUCUGUACAUAACGUUUUAUUGUACAUUACAAUGUCACUUCCAUUCAGAUGAAUCUUCUUGAAGCAUCCUAUUCACAAUUCUGACUUUUACAUUAUAUAUGGUACACCAAAUAAGAGAGGAGGAAUGAAAUCUAUGCAGCCCCAGAUCCUUGCAACAGACCAAUGAAGCAUCUGCCUGAAAUGGAGCUGCAGGUGUACCACAAUAGUGUAGGCUGAAGGUUAUAGUAUAUAAAUGUAUAUGUAAUAUGCCUAUGUGUAAAUAUGUAAAAUAAAAAGGUCCCUACUA